UUUUACACAAUCGAUAUUUCAGACCAUAGAAUAUAAAGUUCGAUUUUUAAACAUUAAUCUAUCGUAUACUUCGUCUGUGCCAUAACCUUCAAAUUAAGUAAAAUAAAUUUUCGGAAGAGAAUAUGAUCGAAUAGUCAACAAAAAUGGAAGAAACCGACGAUUUGGAGGAUAGUAUAAAAAUAAGUGCCAAUGAGUUACUAGCUUUCCAAAGAGAAUUAAAACAGGAGAAAGAACUUCUUCAAAAGAUAUUAACAAAAAUUGAUGAUCAAGUACACAGAUUACAGGUGGAACAACUUCAUUUAUUGGGCUUAAUGAACAAAUCAUUAAAAGGCACAACAGAAGACUCUUCAUGUGAACCUGAAAAUGAUAUUCAACAAGACUCUACAAACAAAUCAUUAGACUUGUCUGUAGCAUCAGCCUUUAAACAUUUUGAGGAAGAAAUUGAAGAUGAAGAUGAUAUUUAGAAUGAAUCAUUUUUGUAACUUAAAAGUAUUAAAAACUAUACAUUUUAUACAUACAUUGUUAUUAAUAAUUUUGUCAGUUUGAUAAAUUUGUUUACAACUGAAAAAUAUAUUAAUUCAUUUUAUAAAUAUACUUCAUAUUAAUAAAUU